AUGGCGGCCGCGUCGACGGAAUCUUCUAGUGAAAAGACGCACCUAGGAGGUCCAAACUUCCAAGUCGUCGUCAACACCCGUGCAGCCGCCCUCAAGCUUCGUGAGGCCGGCAGCGUCUCCAUCGCCAACCAGUCAGUCCCCAUCGUGCCGACGGGUCCGCAGGUGACAAAUGUGACUUGCCUCUUCCUGCCGACGUUUGUGCGCAACGACCAGCUCGUCCAAGCCCUGGCCCCGUACGGCAAAGUCAUCGACGUCUCCUACGCAACCUACCACCGAACGGCGACUGUGAAAACAGGAACCCGCUUCAUCCGCAUGGAGAUGAAGGAGGCUAACCCCCUGCCCAACUUCCUGCGCGUCGCCGGACAUCGUCCUACUUUUGACUACCGCGGCCUGAAGCGCGUAUGCCGACGCUGCAGGCAGGAGGGCCACGUCCGGGCACAGUGUACGACGGGCUACUGCGACCGCUGCGGUGUCUUCGGGCACCCAACCGAGGGCUGCACUGCCAACUGUGGACGCUGCGGUGGAACCCACGCGACUGUGGACUGCACGGCCAAGAGAAGCUACUCCUCCAUGGUCACCGGAAACUACGCCACCGAUUUCCCGGCCCUGGACCCAGGAAACGCGACCCGUCCCAUCGCCCCCGAAGCGCCGGCCGUACCAACCGUCUCCACCGUCGCCCCUCCGUCAUCACCUGACGCCGCAGCCGCGGCCGCACCACCGCCUCUUCCGUCGCCGCCCCCACCCGCCCCACCUGAGCCAAGCCCGACCGGCUCGGGGGUGACUUCAGCCGAAGCGACGGACUUUGCCCGAACCGCCGCGGUUAUUGUCGGCGACACCGCCUAUGCAGCGUGGAGCCAAGCGUCGGGUGAUGGCGAGGUGUUCAGCGACAGCGACCACCUCGUCAUCGACGAGAACCCCGCUCCAGGUGGCCCCGCAGAGACACCGACCGACACGAAGCAAACUGAAGUGAUGCAUUUCGCGAGGAUGCAGAACUGCGAUCUUCUGUGCUUGCAAGACACGAACUUUGCCCGCUUCCGUGACGUUGCGGAUUUCGAAGCCCGGUUUUCUCACGAGUACUUCCGCAGCCUGGACGUGCAUCUACUCGACGCGGGCCCGUGCUUUUAG